CCACCAACCAUUCACACAAUCUAAAUUGAAAAAAAACUCGUCAUUUAUUCAUCAUCAACAAAAUGUCUGGGCGCGGCAAAGGAGGCAAGGGUUUGGGAAAGGGAGGAGCGAAACGACACCGUAAGGUGUUGAGAGAUAACAUUCAGGGGAUCACGAAGCCGGCCAUCCGUCGUCUGGCUCGUCGUGGUGGUGUCAAGCGUAUCAGCGGCCUCAUCUAUGAGGAGACUCGUGGCGUGCUCAAGAUCUUUUUGGAGAAUGUCAUCCGCGAUGCUGUCACCUACACCGAGCACGCUCGCCGGAAAACUGUCACCGCCAUGGAUGUUGUGUACGCUCUGAAGAGGCAGGGACGCACUCUUUAUGGCUUUGGCGGCUGAGAUCUUAGGAUUGGUUGUAAAUGACCUACUUGGUAGAAAUUAGGUAUUUUAGUGUUGUGUUUUUUGGAAUUUGCUAGGUUGUAGCUUGAUCGUUACUAUCGUCUAUUAUGAUCCAUCUCAGAUCUUAUCCUUUGCUGAGUUUAAAUUGAAAUGAAUGCUUCAAGUUUCUCUCA